GCAGCGACCGGGGGUUGUUCCCUCUUCGGCUUCCGUAGAGGAGGUCGGGCGGACCUUCGUCCGGGGUUUCGGUGCCCCCCCUUCCCCUUCCCCGGGGUCCGGGGGUGACAUUGCACCGCGCCCCUCGUGGGGUUGCGUCGCCGCCCCACGCGGACUCCCCCCCGGCGCGCUGCUCCCACUCGCCUCCCUUGGCCGGGGCUCCCUCCCGCCCCCAGCUGCCCAGUCAUGGGGGCUGCUGUGUUUUUCGGAUGCACCUUCGUCGCGUUCGGCCCAGCCUUCGCCCUUUUCCUGAUCACUGUGGCCGGAGACCCGCUUCGGGUGAUCAUCCUGGUCGCGGGAGCCUUUUUCUGGCUGGUCUCCCUGCUCUUGGCCUCUGUGGUCUGGUUCGUCUUGGUCCAUGUGACAGACCGAUCAGAUGCCCGGCUCCAGUAUGGCCUCCUGAUUUUUGGUGCUGCUGUGUCUGUGCUUCUACAGGAAGUGUUCCGCUUUGCCUACUACAAGCUCCUUAAGAAGGCAGAUGAGGGCCUAGCAUCGCUGAGUGAGGAUGGACGAUCACCCAUUUCCAUCCGCCAGAUGGCCUAUGUUUCUGGUCUGUCCUUCGGUAUCAUCAGUGGUGUCUUCUCUGUUAUCAAUAUUUUGGCCGAUGCACUUGGGCCAGGUGUGGUUGGGAUCCAUGGAGACUCACCCUAUUACUUCCUGACUUCAGCCUUUCUGACAGCAGCCAUUAUCCUGCUCCACACCUUUUGGGGAGUUGUGUUCUUUGAUGCCUGCGAGAGGAGACGGUACUGGGCUUUGGGCCUGGUAGUUGGGAGUCACCUGCUGACGUCAGGACUGACAUUCCUGAACCCUUGGUAUGAGGCCAGCCUGCUGCCGAUCUAUGUAGUCACUGUGUCCAUGGGGCUCUGGGCGUUCAUCACAGCUGGAGGCUCCCUCCGAAGUAUCCAGCGCAGUCUCUCGUGCCGACGGCAGGAGGACAGUCGGGUGAUGGUGUAUUCUGCCCUGCGCAUCCCACCCGAGGACUGAGGGAGCAUGGGGGGGACCCCUGGGCCUGGGGUGCCCUCCCGACCUCCUCCUGUAUUUCUCCAUCUCCAGUUCUGGACAGUGCAGGUUGCCAAGAAAAGGGACCUAGGUUAGCCAUGGCCCUGGUGACGAAGUUACCGGAGGCCCAAUGGUAGAUGAGUUCAGUUUUCCAGUAUCUCCUGCCCAAACUGGACAGCUUGGUCUUUUUCUCAGGUCUGAAAGGAACCAUUUUUGGUAUGAUAAUGACCCCAGAAAUGCCUUUUUUUUUUUUUUUUUAAAGUGUGGGGGGGAGGCGGUAUACUGGGAGCUUCCUAACCUCCUGUGGGCUGUACUUUUGCUCCAGAAACUUCUGAUCAUGGCUCAUUUCUAUCCCACUUUCCCCUUGGUCCCAGGCCCUGGGGAAAAGGAAGGAAGUGCAUGUUUGGGAACUGGUACCACUGGAACUCAUGUUUUAACGUCCGUGACCAUCAGCACCCCUCCUCUCCCCAAGGUGAAGUGGAGGGUGCUAUGGGGGUUGGUCUAUUCCAUGGCAGCGCCCCUGGAGGAGUCAGGCGACCAUGGCAUUGCAGGCCAAGAGGGCAGACAUUUUUUCUAGUUUUUAAUUGGGGUGUGGGUGGGCGGGGGAGGUUUUCUAUCACGUGUCAUUUUUCUGCUGAGGGUGGGAUAUCCCAUCCUUUUAAUCAAAGUGAUUGUGAUUUUGACUAAUAAAAAGGACUUUAUAAUUGUGGGGGAACUUGGCUUUCAAGAGAGGGGAUAAUGGAUUGAGAUUUCUAGCCCCUGGUGGCUCUGUCCAUCCUCCUCCCUGGCCUGGCAACCGGUGUUCACCAUGGCAGCUUUGGUGUAGUAUCAGAAGCAUCGGUUGGUGGUUUAACGUGUAGAAACUGAGUUAAUUUUUGCCAGAAGUAGAUUCCCCCUGGGAAUAGGAUACAAGGAGUUAAUCCCCCAGUUUUCUUCUCUGUGUCUGUCUCUACCACCCAGAAGACAGAGGAACUCUCCCACAAAGGCACAAAAGACAGACCAGAAUUAAGGUCAGAAACUUGAGUUUUCAAACAUUAUUGAGCAAAAAAAAUAACUAAAAUCCUAGUAGCAGCUUUUUUUCCUAGAGGAAAAAAAAAUCCACGAUGUGUAUCUAGGGGAGGGGCCGUGAAAGUGUAAGGGGAGGGAUAUCAGGGCCUAUCCUCCGCUUCUUCAUAGCUAAACAUUAAAACAGGGAUCUCCUGACCUUCGUUGUUGAAAGGCCAAAGGCUCCGCUCUUCCUUGCAGAGCUGGGUCCUUGCUUCUCUGGUGUAUGAGUGGGGAGGUGGUAUGUAGAAGGGCAUGUGUCUGCCUACUACUGGUAGUUCAGUCCUUGCACCCCCUUAGAGAGGCUCUCUAACAGGUAUAAGGGGAAGGCGUCCGUGGCAUCUUGAGACAGCUUACGCCUCUGUGGCAGCCCGUGCUGAGGUGAAGACCACACUCUUCCUGUUCCCUAGCCUCUUCUUCCUGGAAGGAUAAAUAGUGGUUUAUGGGAGAGACUAUUGUCCCAAGUGAAGAUUGGACAGGAAAUAAGUAUCUAAUUAUGACCCUAAAUUUUCUCCUUCCUUCCCCUUCUGAGUAUUGGGAUUACAAGUGUGUGCCAGCAUGCCAGGUUUAAUGUGGUGCUAGGGGUCAAACCCAGGGCUUCGUGCAUGCUAGGCAAGCACUCCACCAGCUGAGCCAUAGCUCCAGAGACAUUUUUUAUUUAUUUUUUUUUUGAGACAGGGUGUCUUUCUAUGUAGCUCUGGCUGUCUUGGAACUCACUCUGUAGACCAGGCUGGCCUUGAACUCACAGAGAUCCUUCUGCUUCUGCCUCCCAAGUGUUGGGAUUAAAGGUGUGCACUACCAUACCCGG